GUAGCGAGAACGAGGCUAUAUCCCAAGAGCAGGCUAUCGUUGGUAAACAUGCCGAGAGCCUGAUCCACCGCCCAUCCGGUGCUAGAAUCAGCGCUCUGGGUGGCACUCGCUAAAAUUGGCGUGUUGAAUUGAUGCAUGUAUGGAGUCGGUGGCGAUACGUUUCGAAAUUUUCUACCCAUGAGGGACUUUGUUAAGGAGGACAAGUCAUCUCUAUAUUUUCUGCCUCCGGUAACUGUGCAUAUGGACUCUUUGCUUAUACCUCUGGUUUAUCUUGUUUUUGUGGACCUAAGGCGUUUUACUCCACGAAGAGUUUUUUCUAGGAUUUCCGCUCUUUGCAUUUCCUACCUUAUUCCUGCGAUUUUUUUCGACUCCACCUUAAUUUUCCUCGAGAUACCAGCUACUUGUGUUGGUAGUCUGUCGGUCAGGCGUGUAUACCUAAGCUUGCUAAGUUACGCAGUCGGUGGCGCUAAGAAAAGACACGAUGGAGGUGGUCAUUUUGUCUCUUUUGUGUAUAUCGGUUGAUGCCCCCCAUUCACAGCUAAGGAUGGUGGAUGUGUUUACCUUUAAUAACUGCCGCUCAUAUCUUUCGUGCAGUGCUGGGCAAAUAUGAGAUACUUUGACUAUGCAGCUUAUGUCAACUUACACUAGACCUCGUGAUUUCGUUCCUCUGUGU